GUCAGUUCCUUGGGCCCCACCUUUGCCCCAGCUAGAGAUGGCACAGUGGCACCGUUCCAGAAUGUUCUAGAAUCCCCAACUGUUCUGGAACACGCUAGAAUCUCCAGCAAAGAGUUGGAACCAGGAUCGUAGCAUUCGGAGGCCUUCGCAGCCUCAGUGGGGCCGGCCCCCGUCCGCCACUCGCCAGCAGGCCUCAUGUGGAUGCUGGCGUUAGGUGGGGUUUUCCUGGCCACUGCCCAGGCCUGUGUCCUCUGCCACCUCUCAGCCCGUGACUUGUCGGGCCGCCUGGCUCAACUCUGCAGCCGAGUGGAGGUUCUGUGGAAGGAUUGUGGGGCCUCCUGGAGCUUCCCGGCCUUUGCCUUAGAUGAGGCGUCCAUGAACAAAGUCAUAGAGAAGACUCACAGAGUCCUGAGGGUCAUGGAGAUCAAAGGGUCUCUCUCCUCCCUCCCCUUGUAUUGGCGUUGGCUGCAAAACACCAAGCUCCCCGCGUACACCAGGGAAGGUACUGAUGCGGGCAGGGAGGGGGUGCCGGGGCUCUCGGCAAAGGGGGCGUGGCUGAGCGGCUCCCCUCCCCCACCCUCCUUGUCUUCGGUUUCAGCUCUCUGCGCGCCCGCCUGCCGUAAGUAGAAGAGGACAGAGUAGUGAGGACAGGGGC